AUGAGUCGUGCCCUCGUAACUGUCGUCUUCGCCGUGCUCUUCGUAGUUUCGAUUGCUGUUCCCGCCUCGGAAGCGGUAGUCCUCUGCGAAGACGACUUUCCGGCUGAUUAUUGUGAAGACUUUUGCAAUCAGGCGGUCUCCCGUGAGGACUACAUGGCGGCGCAGAAGAAACGUGAAAUCGACCCCAUCAUCUACUCGGCUAGAUUCUCCAACUUUUAA